ACGCUAUUUUCUAGUUUGUACUGACCGUGUAUGCAAGCGUAGCAUCCAGUCUUGCUACUGUACAUGUACAUGCAUGUACAUGUACAUAACCGUUCGUGCACCGUACCCACAACCACCGAGAACUGUACAACUCUACAAUAAACAUGGACGCAACAGACUCUGCUGCACCUGCCGCCGUGGAAGGCUGGCAACCACCACUAUUUAGCACGUCAACAUGGCUUCUGAUCAUCACAGCCUGUGUUCUCCUAUUUGUCUACGAUUACUGGAGCCAUCAUUAUCUGGCAAGAUUGGGUAUUCCCGGAGGAAACGCAAAGCCGUUUAUCGGUAACACCCUUGACUUCAUUGGCGACAAAAAUGGAAUACAAGGAUACCACGAGAAGGCAUUUGCUCGCUACGGAAAAAUAUUUGGUUUUUAUGUCGGCUGGCGCCCCGUACUACUGACUGCAGAUGUCGAUUUCCUCCGGAUGUUGUGCAUCAAAGAUUUCUCUAAUUUCACCAAUCGGAGAAAGCAGGUGAUUGACAACAAGCCAUUUGACAAGGCCUUGACUGUCCUGAGAGAUGACCAUUGGAAGGACGUGCGUGGAAUCCUUAGUCCAACUUUCAGCGGUUCCAAGAUGAAGCUGAUGGCGCCACUCAUCAACGGUUGCCUCGAUCCUAUGAUCAGGAAAGUUGCUAAACACCAUGAAGAAGGCAAGAGCUUACAGAUGAAAGAUAUCUACGGUGGAUAUCUGAUUGAUGCUAUCGGCAACUGCGCUUUCGGGCUGACCCUCAACUCGCAGGAAACUGAAAACGACCCCUUCCUCUUCCAUGCCAAAGACAUUUUUACUCCGACAUUGAACUUGGCAACCUUCGUUAUGCUGUUCGCACCAUUCCUGGGUCCUGUGCUGAACUAUUUCAACGUCCGUUCCUUCAAGCGGUCAACUAUGGAUUUCUUUGAGAACAUCAUGGACCAGGCAGUGGAACUCCGGAGGAGUGGAGCAGAGCGGAGAAUAGAUUUCCUGCAGCUCAUGUUAGACGCACACAAGAAAUCUGACUUGACGGCUGAAGACAAGGCACAGGCGACCGAGGAAGAGAAGUUGGAAGAGGAACACCGCAAGCGCAUGAACGAGAAAUCCCUGACUAUGGAUGAACUCAAAUCACAGGGAUUGACCUUCUUUCUCGCCGGCUAUGAGACCUCCAGCACGACGUUGGGCUUCGCCUCCUAUCUCCUGGCAACCAACCCGGAAGUUCAGGACAAGUUGGUGAACGAGAUUGACACCCUGGCCCCAGGACGCGAUGACCUCACCUAUGAGAAUAUCACCAAGAUGACCUAUCUGGACCAGGUCAUAUGUGAGACGCUGCGAAUGUAUCCUCCCGCUAUCAUCUCUGCUCGUGAGACAAAUCGGGACUAUCAGUAUCAAGGAUACACCAUUCCCGAAGGCAUAGAGAUCUUCUUCUCAAUCUGGCAGAUCCAUCAUGAUCCAGAGCUGUGGGAGAACCCGGACAAGUUCGACCCCGACAGGUUCACACCAGAGCAACGUGAGAAGCGCCAUCCAUGUGCUUGGAUUCCAUUUGGUGCCGGCCCUCGCAACUGUGUUGGAAUGCGCUUCGCACUGCUGCAGACUAAAAUGGGAUUGGUUCGGAUGCUGCAGAACUUCCGUCUGGAGACUUGUGCAGAGACUGAGAUUCCACCAGUCCUGGGCACGCUUGGAUUCCUGACUCCACCCAAUGGUAUCAAACUGUCGGCUGUUCCUCGAUCCUAAGGACCUGACCAAGAAGGCUGGACGCACAGCGUUGGAAGAUUGUAACCUGAUAUGAUGAUAUUUCCCACGGAAUUCCCAAGUUAGGUGUUAUUUGCUCACUAAACAUUUAGACAUUUUCGUAAGUAUCAUGGCUGUAACCAAAGUGAGCAUCGAUAGCUUUUGAUUCCAUGUCAUUUAGACAUGUUGCUAAGUAUCAUAACUGUAACCUCAUCAGUGAGCAUCGAUAGCUUUGGACUGCAUGUCAGUUAGACAUGUUCCUAAGUAUCAUAACUGUAACCUCAUUAGUGAGCAUCGAUAGCUUUUGAUUCCAUGUCAUUUAGACAUUUUCGUAAGUAUAACUGUAACCUCAUCAGUGAGCAUCGAUAGCUUUUGAUUCCAUGUCAUUUAGACAUGUUCCUAUAAAGUAUCAUAACUGUAACCUCAUUAGUGAGCAUCGAUAGCUUUGGACUCCAUGUCAUUUAGACAUUUUCGUAAGUAUAACUGUAACCUCAUCAGUGAGCAUCGAUAGCUUUUGAUUCCAUGUCAUUUAGACAUGUUCCUAAGUAUCAUAACUGUAACCUCAUCAGUGAGCAUCGAUAGCUUUGGACUGCAUGUCAUUUAGACAUGUUCCUAGGUAUCAUAACUGUAACCUCAUCAGUGAGCAUCGAUAGCUUUGGACUGCAUGUCAUUUAGACAUGUUCCUAAGUAUCAUAACUGUAACCUCAUCAGUGAGCAUCGAUAGCUUUGGACUGCAUGUCAUUAAGACAUGUUCCUAGGUAUCAUAACUGUAACCUCAUCAGUGAGCAUCGAUAGCUUUUGAUUCCAUGUCAUUUAGACAUGUUCCUAAGUAUCAUAACUGUAACCUCAUCAGUGAGCAUCGAUAGCUUUGGACUGCAUGUCAUUUAGACAUGUUCCUAAGUAUCAUAACUGUAACCUCAUCAGUGAGCAUCGAUAGCUUUGGACUGCAUGUCAUUUAGACAUGUUCCUAAGUAUCAUAACUGUAACCUCAUCAGUGAGCAUCGAUAGCUUUGGACUCCAUGUCAUUUAGACAUGUUCCUAAGUAUCAUAACUGUAACCUCAUCAGUGAGCAUCGAUAGCUUUGGACUGCAUGUCAUUUAGACAUGUUCCUAAGUAUCAUAACUGUAACCUCAUUAGUGAGCAUCGAUAGCUUUGGACUCCAUGUCAUUUAGACAUUUUCGUAAGUAUAACUGUAACCUCAUCAGUGAGCAUCGAUAGCUUUGGACUGCAUGUCAUUUAGACAUGUUCCUAAGUAUCAUAACUGUAACCUCAUCAGUGAGCAUCGAUAGCUUUGGACUGCAUGUCAUUUAGACAUGUUCCUAAGUAUCAUAACUGUAACCUCAUCAGUGAGCAUCGAUAGCUUUGGACUCCGUGUCAUUUAGACAUGUUCCUAAGUAUCAUAACUGUAACCUCAUCAGUGAGCAUCGAUAGCUUUGGACUCCAUGUCAUUUAGACAUUUUCGUAAGUAUCAUGGCUGUAUAAACCGCAUAAGUGAGCAACGAUAGCUUUUGAUUCCAUUGAAUUUAGACAUUUUUCCUAAGUAUCAUAACUGUAACCUCAUAAGUGAUCAUCGAUAGCUCUGGAUUUCAUGUCAUUUAAGGGAAUGAUUUGUUUUUAAUCUUUGGGGUUUGUAGUUUUGUUUCCUGUUGGAAUUUUAUCCUGACCUGUUUUUCGAGUUGCCCUGCACACAUUUAUACGUGUUGGGGUCACAGAAGAAAUGUUAUUUACAAAUGGAGCACUCUUUUCUUGCGUCAUUAUUUAUGACUGAAUUUCUUUCACUUAAAAUUACAUGUUGUGUCAUGUUAAUUGUAAACGAACGGAAGCUUAAUUGGCAUAGAGUUAUUGAAAUAUACUUGUAAUAACUGUGUUGAACCACCAUUUUAACUGAAAUAAUUUGUGUCCCUUUUUUUCAUAAAUGGUAGAUAUGGAAUACUGUUUAUAGAAUUUAAAUUGAAUAUUGAAUAUUGUUGUUUUCGCUUUAGGUACAUUAAAGGCUUUACAGUUAUCAUAAUCUAUUUUAGGAUCCCCGUGGGGGGAAAAUUGAGAUUCUUCUUUGAAAUUCAUGAUCAAGCCUGCUAUGAGGAAAACCAACCCAAUCAUGGGCGAAUGGAACUUAGAAUGAAUACUAACAAGCACUGUACUCCUCUUUGGUCUAAAGCCUUGGAUAACUUCGAAGAUUUAAGUUCCACUUUCUUAUAACCCCAGCAAAGCAGCUUGCAAUUGCAGAUUUUUUAGAUUUAAGUAGUGCUUAGGUUUUAGAUUUGAAGUUUCAAUAAGCAACACAAAGUUUG